AUGAAAUUUCUUCAGUUUAUUACGCUCCAGUACUCCACCAUUAUUUGUACUCUCAUUCUCAUACUGGGUACUGCACCUCCGGCUUAUUCUCGCCGCAAUAUCAACAAUGCAAUAAAAUACGACAACCUUCAAAAUGUCGUUUCGAAGACCAUCAUAGUUGAUAAAUCUGGCCAUGGGACUUUCACCACGGUGCAACAAGCCAUUGAUUCCGUGCCAGACAACAACCAGUUAUGGAUUCUCAUCCACGUUAAAACCGGUAUCUACAAUGAGCAGGUGUCGAUCCAACAAGGCAAGCAGUUCAUCGUUCUGGAAGGAGAGAGUAGCCGUACAACUGUGAUUUCUUGGGAAGCCGGUGGGAGUGUAACUGAGAGCGCUGCAUUUACCAUGUUAGCAGAUAAUUUCGUUGCACGCAACAUAACCUUCAAGAAUACCUAUAACCAUGCUAUUACAAGAGACGAGGGGAAUCAUAAUAUGACAUGGGCACCGGCGGCAAUAAUUGCUGCAGACAAAGUGAGUUUUUAUAGCUGUGGCUUCAUUAGCCUGCAAGACACCUUGUUUGACGCCCGAGGCCGUCACUAUUUCCGUUCCUGCUACAUUGAAGGUGCCGUCGACUUCAUCUGGGGCAAUGGCCAGUCAUUUUUUCAGGCAUGCUAUAUAAAGGUGACAGCCUCAGUGCUGGGCCAGGGCGGAACUGCUUAUAUCACAGCACAAGGCCGAGAAAGCGAGAGCGAGAGUACUGGUUUUGUGUUCCAUUCAAGCGCUAUUAUUGGGACAGGACCUGCUUUUCUAGGCAGGGCAUACAGAAACCAUUCUAGAGUCGUUUAUUACAAUACACAUAUGGAUAAUAUCAUUGCCCCUCUGGGUUGGGAUGCAUGGUUUAAUGUUGGUCAUGAAGGUUUACUCACUUUUGCGGAGGCUAAGUGUUAUGGAGCUGGCGCACACACGUCCGCACGAGUGAAGUGGGAGAAGCAAUUGCCAAUUCAAGAAUUGAGAAAGUUGAUACAUGUCAAUCACUUCCUAAACCAAGAUGGGUGGAUAGAGAAGCAACCACCAAGCUAG